UCCUGGGUGGUUCCGACGCGCGGGGGUUUCCCUGGGAAUCUCGGGAAUGCCCUCGGGAUUCCCGGUGCUGGUGGCAGCUCCCGCAUUCCCAUCCCGUUGCUUCCCAGUCCGGCAGUUCCUGGAGAGCGGGAUCAGCCCCGACCUGUGCAACGAGGACGGGCUGACGGCCCUGCACCAGUGCUGCAUCGACGACUCCGGCCCCGUGGUGUCCGUGCUCCUGGACGCCGGCGCCGACGUGAAUUCCCGGGACACGGAGCUGUGGACUCCCCUCCACGCCGCCGCCACCUGCGGCCACCUCCGCCUGGUCCAGCUGCUCAUCCAACGCGGCGCCGACCUGCUGGCCGUGAAUUCCGACGGGAACAUGCCCUACGACCUGUGCGAGGACGAGGCCACGCUGGAUUUCCUGGAGAGCGCCAUGGCCGAGCAGGGGAUCACCCAGGAGCGCAUCGAGGAGGCUCGAGCCGCCACGGAGCGCUCCAUGAUCCGGGAGAUCCGGGAGCUGGCGCGGGCCGGCGCCGACCUGGACGCGCCGCGGGGACACGGAGCCACCUUGCUCCACGUGGCAGCAGCCAACGGGUACCUGGAAGCGGCCGAGCUGCUCCUGGAGCACCGCGCCGGCACCGACUGCCGGGACGAGGACGGGUGGCAGCCCCUCCACGCCGCGGCCUGCUGGGGGCAGGGCUUGCUUUCUAAAUUGACUCUCUAA